AUGGUAAAUGCCCAAGAAUGGUUAGAAAUUUAUCCCUCAAAUGCUAAUAAAUUAACUUAUUUAAAGAUAACUAAUAAUAAUCUUUCCGAACAAGACUUAGCAGUUUUUAGUAAGUUGGUUAAUUUAGAAGAGUUGAAAAUUGGUAGUAGUGAUAAAGAAAGAAUUAAUCAAGGCACUUAUAAUCGUUUCGCUGGCAAUGAAAAUUAUCCAAAAGAAGAAAGAAGUGAAGUAUAUGAAAUCCACCUCACUGAACCCAGUUUAGUCGGGGAAUUGGAUUUAGGGGAUUUUACUUCUAUAUUUGGUGUAAAAGCUCAGGAAUAUGUAGACCAGCAAUAUCCAAACAAAGAAGCAAGAGAAAAAGUAACUGAAUUAGAUAUUAAAUUUGAAGUCGAAAAAGAUGAACAAGGUCAUCCUAAACUUUUCGCCCAAGGAGGUUUUAGUAAGAUUUAUAAGGCUAAAUGUAAGAAAAUAAAAAAAUACAAUAAAUAUGCUAGUGAAGAUGUGGUUCUCAAGUCCCUGACUAAUUCCCAAAACCUCACCUUAGAAUUUUUAAAUGAGAUUGCUAAUACUAAAUUAGUUGAUGGUGGUGGUAGGAUUGUAAAAUGCUACGGUAUUUCCCAAGACCCUGAAGCAGGCAAUUAUCUAAUGGUAAUGCAAUAUAAGGAAGGUGGCAAUUUAAGACAAAUUUUACAGAAUAAGAAUAAGGGAUUAAGUUUGGAAGAUAAAAUUAUAGGAUUUAGUAUCACCGACCUCGGUUUAUGUCAACCAGUUAAUUCGCAAAAACAAGAAGGCAAAAUCUUUGGAGUCCUGCCUUAUGUCGCUCCCGAAGUCUUACAAGGACAACCCUAUACUCAAGCCAGUGAUAUUUACUCUUGGGGCAUCAUUGCUUAUGAAUUAUUCGCUAAUUCUUAUCCUUAUACUGAUAAAAACUUGACUGAUACUAGUUUGACCUUGGCAAUAUAUGUUGAGAGGCUGAUCCCCAAAAAAGACCUAAUACUGGGGAGUUAUAUGGGAUUAUUGAUGGUUGCCCUAAAAGAAGAAUACAACAAUUUCUCCCAAAACACUCCUUAUCAAAUCCAUCCCACUGCCAUUACUACUAGCAAAAUGAUAGAUACUAAACAAAUCGUGCAAUUACUCCAAGAUCCUACUAAACAACAGGAGGCUUUAGAAUUAACUGAUGAAUUGAAAAAAAUGUUGGUGAUCGAAGAUUGUCCUAAAAUAAAGAAACUGAAUGUUCGCAAAAAUCUUUUAACUAGUUUGGAGUUUCUAGCAAACCUAGAAAAUUUAGAGGAAUUAGAAAUAGAUGAUAUUCAAGGACUAGUCAAGUCAGUUAAAGAAAACCCUCGAGCAUUAUCAGAAUUAAAAAAAAAGUUAAUGAAUAAAUUAGAUGAUGAAAUAAAAAACCAAGAGCAAAUAAAUCCUAUAGAUAGAGGAGGAUUGAACACUGCCGAAAUAGAAUUAGAAAAUAAUUUACACAAAGUAGUAACUAAAAAAGAUGAGUUAGAAAAGCUAAAAAAUGAAUUUGUAGACAAAAGUGUUGGUCAUAUUGAUUUUGACAGUAAAAAGAAAGAGAAAAUACGAAACAAUUUAGAGAUUUAUUUAGCCUCCGUUGGUCGGCAAGAUAACUUAGCUAAACUUGCAGGAAAUCAGGCAAGAGAUAAAUUAUUAAAAGGAAAAAAAGAAGACUCUGAAAUUGCUAAGUUGCUAAAUAAAAUUGUCGAAAAGCAAAAAGAAAUUUCUUCUCUAGAGAAUCAAAAAAAGUAUAUAGGAAAAUCAUUAACCGAAAGUACCCAAAUUCUAAUUAAAGAAGAAAGUAGCAAGUCUGAAAAAAGUUUAGAGUAUCGAAAUGAAAAAAGUGAAAUUCAGGAUAUUCGGGACGCUUUGGAAGUUUCUAACCGCAAAGAAAAAACUUAUACUACCGAAGA